UCUCACUUACUUACCUCAUCUAUACACCAAACCAAACAAAACAAAAAAAACCCUAAUCUAAUCGUCUCCCUCCCUCACUCUCUCAGUCUGCUCUCUCUCUCUCAGUUUCUCGUUGUUCAUCUCUGCACCGAUCACUCUCUCACUCUCUCGUUGUUCAUCUCAUUGCACCGAUCAUCGCACCGCCGAUCUACUCACAGAUUAGUCUCAUCUCUCUCUUUCUCUCUCUCUCUCGCCCCGAUCGACUCACAGCAAAGACGAGUAGACAUGGAAGUGGUGGGAAUCUUCGUCUCUCCCUUGCUAAAAGCUGUGAUUAACAAGUUGUUGUCCUCUGAUUUAAUCAACUUGCCACGUCAAGGGGAUGUCGACACUUCCAUCAAGAAGCUGAAGAAGUCAUUUGAAGAUAUAAACGAUGUUCUUGCUGAUGCAGAGGAGAAGCAGAUAUCCAAGGAGGCUGUCAAUAAGUGGCUGAAAGAGCUCCAGCAUUUGGCUUACGAUGCGGACGAUGUGCUGGACGAGUUUGCCACUGAAGCUCUACGCAAGAAGCUGAUCAUGGCGGAGACUGGUGCUGAUGCUGAUGUUGGUGAGGCCAGCACAAGUAGGAAGGUACGACGAUUCCUCCUUCCUACUUGUUGCACUGGUUUUACUCCACGUGCGAUUUCAUUCAAUUUCGCAAUUGGGUCCAAGAUAAAGAAGAUCAAUGAUGAGUUACAAGAUGUUACUACAAGAAUUAAGGAACUUGGUUUGGUCAAAAAGGCUAUUGGGGGGACUCAUAAGCCUACAAAUGCGUGGCCGAGACGAGAAACCACAUAUUUGCUGGAUGAUCCUUUUGUUUGUGGCAGAGAUGAAGAUAAAAAACGGAUUGUUGAUUUGCUUCUUAGAGAUACACUAACUCAAAACAAAGUCGAUGUCAUUCCCAUCACCGGCAUGGGUGGGAUUGGCAAGACUACUCUGGCUCAACUCAUUUGCGAUGAUAAUGGUGUCAAAAACCAGUUCGAUCUGAAAGCGUGGGUUUGUGUACCUGACGAGUUUGACGUUACGAGAAUAACAAAGGCAAUUCUGGAGUCAUUCACUCUCGAUUCAUGCAAUUUGACAGAGUUAAAUGCCCUUCAACGUAAACUUCAGGACACACUGGCAGGAAAAAAGUUUUUGCUUGUCCUAGAUGAUGUGUGGAACCAUGAAGGUGAAAAGUGGAGUUCACUACAAUCUCCAUUUCGAGCCGGAGCACAUGGAAGUAAAAUCAUUGUGACAACGCGAAUCACGACUGUUGCGCAACAGGUGGGUACAACUGAACACCACGAUUUGAAAGAGUUAUCACCUGAUGAUUGCUGGUCAAUCUUUGCCCAACAUGCAUUCAAGAAUAUAAAUAUUAGUGAACAUCCAGAAUUGGAAUCAAUUGGUAGGCAUAUUGUUGCUAAGUGUGGAGGCUUGCCACUGGCAGCAAGGGCCCUCGGUGGCUUAUUACAAUGUAACCAAAAUGAGCAUGAAUGGAAAAUGGUACUAACUAGCAAUAUAUGGGAUAAAUCAUACGAGGAAAGCCGCAUUCUCCCAUCACUGAAAUUGAGCUAUCAUCAUCUCCCUUCCCAUUUGAAGAGGUGCUUUGGUUAUUGUGCAAUUGUCCCAAAGGAUUACGAAUUUGAGGAGGAUGAAUUAGUCUUGUUAUGGAUGGCAGAAGGUUUAAUUGAACACCCAGCAGAUGGAAAACAAAUAGAAGAUGUAGGCCGCAAGUAUUUUCGCGAAUUGGUGUCUAGGUCAUUUUUCCAAUUGUCAAGGCAUAAUAAAUUGCUAUUCAUAAUGCAUGACCUCAUCAAUGAUUUGGCUCAAGCAGUUGCAGGGGACAUCUGUUUUAGGUUGGAGAAUAAUUUAGAGGGUGGCAAGCAGAACAAGAUUUCAGACAAAGCUCGACAUUCAUCUUAUGUUGGUAGCCAAUAUGAAGGAAUCAGAAAAUUCAAAGCUUUCAAUGAUGCCAGAUGCUUACGAACCUUCUUAGAGUUUUUGCCAAGUAGAUUCUUCAACUACAAAACAAGGUACUUGAUUCAUGAUCUGUUGCCAGUGUUAAAGUGCUUACGUGAGUUGCGUUUGUGUUAUUCUGGGAUAGACGAACUACCAGAUUCCAUUGGAGAUCUAAAGCAUCUACGGUACCUUGAUGUAUCCCAUUCUCGAAUUAAGAAGUUACCCGAUUCGGUGGUAACUCUCUACAAUUUACAAGUCUUGUUUUUGAAAUUUUGUGUUGAAUUUCAGAAGUUGCCUCUAAACAUGGGGAGGCUAGUGAACUUGCGCCAUUUUGACAUGACUGGCGUGCAUAUUCCAUCAUCAGAAGAGAUGUCACUACAUAUAGGUAAAUUAAUUAAUCUCCAAACAUUGUCAAAUUUUAUGGUGGGUAAAGAUUGUGGGCGUAAAAUAGGAGAGUUGAAAAACCUAUCACACAUUCGAGGGGCAAUAUACAUAUCAAGAAUGGAGAAUGUCAAUGGUGUUAAGGAUGCAGUGGAUGCCAAUUUAAUGUCUAAGGAGGAGUUAAAAGAGUUAUCACUAGAAUGGGAUGAAUCUCAUAGUUCACACAAUGACAUAGUUGAGAGGGAUGUGCUUGACGUGAUGAAACCUUUCAAAUUGUUGGAACGACUCACCAUCAGUGGGUAUAGCAGUACAAAAUUUCCAAACUGGGUUGGAGAUGUUUCGUUCUCUAAAAUGACGUUCAUGCAAUUAAAAGGUAGUAAAUGUUGCACAUCUUUGCCACCACUUGGACAGCUACCCUUGCUUAAAGACCUUUACAUUGAAGGAAUGAGUGCAAUAAAGCAGCUGGGUUGUGAGUUCUAUGGGAAGCAGCAUGGUGCCAAACCAUUCCCCUUUCUAGAGACACUAAGCUUUGUAGAUAUGCCAGAAUGGGAGGAUUGGUCUGCUUUUGAAAUAGAGGGAGUUCAGCCGUACCAUCGGCUCAGUGAGCUUUCGAUCAUAAAUUGUCCCAAACUUGUUGGAAGAUUACCAAAUGAUCUUCCUUGUCUCAAUUCUCUCAAAAUUGAUGGUUGUCCAGAAUUGUUGAUUGAUGUUUCGAGCCUCGUUCAACCAUCACUUGCGUUCUUGUCCAUGACUAAUGUUACGCUCCCAAGCCUUCCAGCACUCUUAGGGACGAAGAACACGAUUGAACUUGGUUCCCUCACCUUGGAUAUUAGCCAUGUUACAGUUCUCGACUCCCUCAGCAAUCCAAGCACAACUGAUGAAGAGUUACUGGCUAAUGAAAUGUCUAAGCAAUUGACUUCAAUAACUGCUUUGCGAAUUUCUCAUGUUGAAAAACUGGUGUUCCUACCGACAUGGUUUACUCAAGAUUUGACGCGAGUCGAGAAAUUGGACAUUAGUAACUGCCAAGAACUCAAAACAUUGUGGCGGAAUAAGGUGGGAAUACAAGUAUGUCUCCCUACCCUCUGCCAUUUGAAGAUUUCUCAUUGCCCCAACGUCGUUUGCUUGUUUGAAAAAGAGCAAGAAAAAAGAGGAGAAGGUUCGAAAAAGCAGCAACAUGAGGGGCUGCCUUGCAUGACGAGACUCGAGUAUUUAACAAUUGAAGAGUGUGGAAUGCUGAAGAUACUGCCACAAGAUCUGCACACAUACACAUCUCUUGCGGUGCUUAGAAUUGAUGGUUGUGCAAAUCUGAUGUCUUUUCCAAUGAAAGGUUUGCCAUCUAUGCUGAGAGAACUAAGCAUUUCAAUGUGUAAUGCUUUGACGUCCCUACCCGAGUUGAUGAAAGUCAAUAAUCUGCAAGAGUUGCGGGUUUCUUACUGUGCAUCAAUCACAUUUUUAUUGUCAAGAGGUGGGCUACCAUCCACACUAAAACAACUUGAGAUUGGGCAGUGUGAAAAUCUGGAGUCACUUUUUGCAGAGGAAGGGAUACAAAUUGAUUGGCCAUCUCUUGAAACUAUUUGUAUCGAAUUUUGUCCGAAUCUGAAGUCCCUGUCACGUGGUGGUCGUGAUGAGAACAGCAACAUCAACCAACUCACUUCUCUUCAAAAGCUGGGUUUAGUUGAUUGCAGAGCAGAGAUGGUCUCCUACUUUGUCAAGGAAGGGAGUUUCCCCACCAACAUCACUUCACUUGAAAUCGGGAGGUUCAGAGUAGACGACGUGGGUCAACUUCCAGUUCCGCCUCCAUCUCCAUUAGAGUGGGGUUUGCACAAACUCUCUUCUCUUACAACACUCGAACUUGUAGGCUUACAUGGGCCGUGGGGAAAUACGGUGUCCUUUCCAGAAGAAGGGAUGCUCCUGCCCACCUCUCUCAUCAAUUUGACCAUUUGGAACUUCCGAAAUCUGGAAAGAUUCUCUUAUGAGGAGUUUCAAAACCUCACCUCUCUCCAAACACUUAAUAUCAGGAAUUGCCCUAAGCUCGCGUCCUUUCCAAAGGAAGGGUUGCCUCCCUCUCUUUUGCAUCUAUUGAUCUUGGAGUGCCCUGAGCUUGCGACCUUUCCAAAACAAGGCUUCCCUCCCUCGCUUUUGUCACUGGCGAUCUGGGGAUGUAAUCCAAUACUGAAACAGAAGUGUGAAAAGGGGAAAGAAUAUUGGCCCAUCAUCCAAUACAUUCCUCAAGUAUAUUUAGAAUGGUAUUAAGCAGCCAACUGCAAGAUUUUAGGGUCUUUGCUUAGAAUGAAUGGCUGGCAGACUGAAGAAUUUUAUUAUCCUUAAAAGACAACAAUGCUUCUCUCCCAAACCGUGUUCUUCAUUCACAAUCCGAGCUAGAAGGUGCCUUUUCUCUUGAUCUUUCAUUUUUCCUAUACUGCUGCUUCAAUUCCAGGGCUUUGUUGUUGUGGAAACAAACUUUAGGAUGUAUGCACGCUCAUCAUCUAAACUGCACUGCAAGUUUUUGUGCCUCUUCUCAAGGUAGCUGUUGAGGAUGCUUGAGACUUUGCACAACAAUAUGGAGGUUUGUCAUGGGAAAACUUUAAAAAAAAAAAAAAUGCUAGUACAGGUAGAAAUACCCAUGCACAUCUAACAAUUCCCUCGUCGUCAAAGGCAAUAGAUUUUGUGUGCAAUCUCCAAGAAAGGGUUUGAAGGGAUUUGAAUGUUUGGUGUGUGAUGAUUUGGAAAGUUUGACGGAUUCCACGCCGAUGUAAAGUUUUCUCCCUUAUUGAUGAAAGCACUGGUGUCAGGAAUGGAAUGAAGCUCUCAUCACAUGGUGCUUUUUGGAUUUUGAAGCUGAGUUGAUAUGUAAAAUCCCUUUUUUCCCAAGGCUUGCUAAUGACAUACUGGUUUGGCACUUUACUAAAAAUGGCCUUCUUUUUUUCUCUUAAUCAGCAUAUUAUUGGGAGAUGGAUUUGCAAAGAAGAGAAACACGGUUCAGUUCUUCAGAUGGUAAGCAGCAGAUCGUAGCUACCUAAAAAGGAAUGAGUUUUUAAUGGGCAUUUUGGUAGAAGAUUUAGCUGCUGAAAGUUCUGAAUAAAGUGAAAAUGUUUGGAUGGAAAAUCUAUUCGAAUAUCCUUCUUGUUCAAUGAAACUUAAGUACGUGCAAAGUAAUUCAAUUUGAUGACUGCUAACUUGUACAUUAGUGGCAAAUUAGAGAUGUUUUUGGUGGUUUGAGUAAGCUUACAAUGUGAUUGACAAUGUUAGCAUUGUAGUCAUUCACUUCCACACCCAACACAAUUUGUGGAUCAAUGCAGUUCUUGGCCCUUUUUAAGUCUCUUGACACAUCUUCAUUUGUAACUCUGCUUAGGUAGCUGAUUUAUUAGAAUUUGACUUUCUUCUAGUCUUUGCCACAAGGGCCUCAGUGUUCACAUGGUAUUCACUUUUCAAGAGCAUUCUUGAGAGACAAUAUGUUUUGUUACUUGCUCAUAUAAAUGAUGUAGAAGCACAAUUACUUGAACAAAGUUCUGAUCCUGUAUUCAA